AUGGGUGGCCAACAGUCAAAGUGUGCUGCUUGCUGUGGGGACAAGGACGAGUCAGGCAAGGACAUCUCCAUCCAACCUCCCGAGGGCACAGGUCUUGCUGGCACGGAAGAGGUGGCUGAGACGAAGAUCGAGGGAGUUGCUCCAGUGGCUGCCACAGACAAGGCAAGCAUCUCAACAGGGGCCCUUGAGCAGGCUUUGCCACUGUGUACAAUCGAAUUAACGUUGGAAAGCUUGAAGAGAUUUGAAGAGUCCAAGUUGUCAACAUCGGCCGAAGAAAGACCAUAUGCCGAAGCUCUUCAAGAGCGCCUGGUGCCUUUUCCAACUGAGUUUAGGGAGUUCGCCAGUGCCGCUCCCGCUGCGGGCGGCAGCGACAGCGGUGAAAGCGAGGGAUCAGCUGAUGGCAAUUCUGACGAUGACUGGAUGUCCCCCUGGGACAGCGGCGAUAUGAUCGGCGCGACUGGCGUCCGCGAUGGAUACAAACUUCCAUCAAUGCAUGGCUUUCGCAUGAUCUCUUUGAGCUUCAAUGGACCAAGCCUGGUGGGAUACAGCAUGGUGGGAACUGAAAUCUUCACCACUUCCUUGGCCGCGGGAGCAACUGCAGCAGACGUUCUGGAGGCAGCCAGUUCUGCCAUGGGAGUUGAGCCAGCGAGUCUGACACUGCUGUGCCACGGAGCGCCGCUAGAGCCACAAGAGACUCUUUCAGAUUUUACAUCGAUGGCGAUCAGGCAGGUGCUCCAUACAGGCCCGGCAGUAUAUGUGUGUGAGCAAAAUGCUCGUUGUGAAACGGACACCUUCUUCGGUGGUAGUUGCGAGGUGAUCGUCAAUCGGGACAAGUUGCCGAAUCCUGGCAUUGCCACCAUCCAAGCGCUUCAAGAGACGAGGGAAUUCGUCACACCACAUCGCUUCGACUGCUGGCUGAUUUACACGAAACAUGAAGUCUUGCUGUAUCAACGGCCAACUGAAAAGCGUCGAAAGCAUGAUCUCUUGAUCCCGCUGGGCUUCUUCCCUCCUGCGCCCAAGUGGUCCUUUCCUGCCGGCUCUCGGCGAUGGGGUCAACUCUCAGAUGUUUGGAGCGCCUGUGUGGAAAUGCCGCAGAUCAAGGGGCUCAUGGAUACACACGCUGACCUCACCUUGGAUAGGCCGAUUCCUCGCUACCAGAUGAUUGUUGACCCGAAUCAGUUCGUUCGACAGACAGCUCGUGGCCCUGUGUGGGUCCCAUGCGAGUUUGACAUCGACAGUGAAGGACAUGCACAGAUCGUUGGUGGCAGCCGCUGCCACAAAUAUCCAGCUCUGGCUGAGAAGGUGGCCACCCCAAUCCUGGAAGCAGCAUUGCCUUUGCUGGCGAAGCUUCGUCGGCCUCAACUGCUGUUGGAUCGGCGCAGGCUCCAGAUUGUCUUCAAGGCCCAAAGAAUCAUUCUGCCGCCCAAAGUUCACGAAGACGAUGAACCUGAAUAUAUUGGAAUGUGGCAUGUGGAUGGGCAUCGGGAAGAUGUGGCAGCUGUGGUCCUGUAUUACUAUCAUGUGGAUCCAGCUCUUGAAGGUGGUGAUAUGGAGCUGUGCGGCCGCGAGCCCUUUGAUAUUUUAGCCAUGGCAGACGCUGGUGACAACUCCUUCGAGUUCGACCAUCGGCGCUUGAAGGAAGCGCUCAGUGGGGAGAAGCAACGGUUACCACACUGCCGUGUUCCCAUCCAAGCAGGAACCUUGCUGGUGUUCUCCAAUCAUCAGAUGGUGCAUCGGGUCCUUCGCAUGAUCAACAAUGGCAAGUCUGAGGCUUCCAGGGACUCUGUGGCUUUGUUCAUCCUGAAUCCCGCCAGCGAAGCACUGGUUCCAGCGAGGUGUGCCCUUGCAAAACCCUACAUGCUCACAAGGGUGUUGAGACUAAAAGCCUUGACGCCAGACAACAUCCAGGCUAUUCUGUCGCUGGCGGGCUUUCUACCGACAGAUGAUGAGUCAAAGAGUUUGCGCAAUGCGAUGUUGUUGGAGCAACUCGAACCGACUGGUGAAUUUGCAAGCCGGGGCAAUGUGGUGCGCGCGACCGGCAACGGGUGUCUGACCAUGGUAGGUUGGCUCCACCACAUGCUGCAAGAUUCAAGACAUGGCGGCGACGGCGAUUUUUUCAGUUCCUUCUGUGAUGGAUGGUAUCAUUUCAGAGCUCUUAACCGGCUUCCACAAAAGCAGCUUGGAUACUUUUGA